UGCGAGGCAAAACAAAAAAGUACGACAGUGGCGUUCCUGACGCGGUCGAACGUCGGGUCGGCUGCGCCUCCAGGGCCAGCCAGGGACAGCGGCGAGAAUGACGAAAAAGUUCGAGUACAAUUGGCAGCGCGAAACACCCGCGCUGCUGCUCAACGGCGGUACCUUCGAUCGUUGGGUGGAGGAGAAGGAAAGCACCGAUUUCGAGCCGAGCUGCCUCUGCAAAGUCGACAAGUAUGGCUUUUUCUUGUACUGGAAGAGCGAAGGGAAGGACGGAGACGUUAUAGAGCUCGCCCAAGUGAGCGACAUACGAUAUGGAGGAACACCCAAGGAUCCGAAAUUGAGCGGUAAAUUGAGCAAGCACGGCAACGCCGAGCAGCUCGACGAGAAGACCAUCACCGUUUGUAUAGGCAUCGAUUACACCAACAUCAAUUAUCAACAUUUCGUCUGUCCCGAUGCAAAAACAGCCAAGGAUUGGCAAGCGGGACUUCGUUUCGUCACGCAUAAUACAAAAGCCAGCAACGUCUGUCCCACUACGCAGCUGAUGAAACAUUGGAUGAAAUUGAGCUUUCAAGUCGAUCCAAAGGGUAAAGUGCCGGUCAAGGUCAUCACGAAGACGUUUGCCUCCGGAAAAACGGAGAAGCUAGUUUACCAAGGCCUCAAAGAGCUCGGCCUGCCCGAUGGCAAGAACGACAAAAUCGAGCCCGACGCCUUCACCUUUGACAAAUUCAAGUCGCUGUACUUUAAGAUCUGUCCGCGAAACGACAUCGAGGAGCUUUUCGGCUCCAUCACAAAGGGAAAGAACGACUACAUAACGUGCGAGCAGCUGGUGCAGUUUAUGAACGAGAAGCAGCGCGACCCACAGCUCAACGAGAUCUUGUAUCCGCUCUACAGCGACGCCAGAUGCAUGGAGAUCAUCACCGACUACGAGCUCGACGACAAGUUCAAGUCUCAAAAGAGAAUCUCGAAGGAGGGCUUCAUUCGCUACCUCAUGUCGGACGAGAACGCCCCGGUCUUUCUGGACAAGCUCGACGAGUGGAUGGACAUGGACCAGCCGCUCUCGCAUUACUACAUCAAUUCCAGCCACAACACGUACUUGAGCGGCAAACAGGUGGGCGCCAAGAGCAGCGUCGAGAUGUAUCGCCAGACUUUGCUCGCUGGUUGCAGGUGCGUGGAAUUGGAUUGUUGGGACGGCAAGAAGCCCGAGGACGAGAUCAUCAUAACUCACGGCAAGGCCAUGUGCACCGACAUCCUCUUCAAGGACUCGCUCAUGGCCAUCCGCGACUGCGCCUUCGUCACCUCCGAGUACCCGGUGAUCCUCAGUAUCGAGAACCACCUGUGCAUGAGCAACCAGUACAAAAUGGCCAAGUACUUUGACGAGAUCUUUGGCGAACUGCUGCUCAAGGAGGCGCUGCCCGACUAUCCCUUGUACGUAGAGGGACAGCCUCUGCCACCGCCGAGCGCCAUGAAGCGCAAAAUCUUGAUCAAGAACAAGCGACUCAAGCCGGAGGUCGAGAAGGUCGAGCUGGAGCUCUUCCUGUCGGGCAAAUUCGAAGCCAAGGACGAGGUGGUCGAGGACGCGAGCGCCGCUGCUCCGCCGCCUACCGAGGCACCCCCGCCGGAAGCGGCGGCGGCCCCUGCCGAGGGUGGAGCACCCGGAGCCCCGGGCGAAGCCGGCCCCGACGGAGCUGCUGCUCCGGCCUACUCCGGCAGCGCGACCUCCUGCCAUCCGCUGCUCUCGUCCAUGAUCAACUACGCCCAGCCCGUCAAGUUCCAGACGUUCGAGCACGCCGAGAAGAAAAAUAUCCACCACAACAUGUCGUCGUUCUCGGAGACGGCGGCGCUGAAUCACCUGCAGAAGAACGGCGUCGAGUUCGUCAAUUACAACAAGCGCCAGAUGAGCCGUAUCUAUCCGAAAGGCACGCGAGUCGAUUCGUCGAAUUACAUGCCCCAGGUAUUUUGGAACGCCGGCUGUCAGAUGGUGGCGCUGAACUUUCAAACGCCAGAUUUACCCAUGCAAUUGAAUCAGGGUAAAUUCGAGUACAACAAUACCACGGGCUACCUGCUCAAGCCCGAGUUUAUGCGCAGAGCCGGCAAAAACUUCGAUCCCUUCUCCGAGGGCGUCGACGGAGUCAUCACCAUCACCUGCUCCGUCAGGGUGAUAGCCGGGCAAUUUUUGUCGGACAAAAAAGUCGGCACCUACGUGGAAGUCGACAUGUACGGCUUGCCGGCCGACACGAUCAAGAAGGAAUUCAAGACUCGCAUGGUGCCGGCCAACGGCCUCAAUCCCGUCUACAACGAGGAUCCCUUCGUCUUCCGUAAAGUCGUCCUGCCGGACUUGGCUGUGCUGCGUUUCGGCGUCUACGAAGAGAGCGGAAAAUUACUGGGCCAAAGGAUUCUUCCGCUGGACGGUUUGCAAGCCGGCUACAGGCACAUAUCUCUCAAGACCGAGGCCAACUUCCCCAUGGCUUUGCCCAUGCUUUUCUGCAACAUCGAGUUGUCCAUCUACGUCCCCGAUGGAUUUGGCGAUUUCAUGGCUAUGCUGUCGGAUCCGGGAGCAUUCGGUAAAGGCGCAGAAAAACGAGAUGAGGCAAUGAAGGGACUCGGUAUCGAGCAGACCGAUGCCAAGGCUGAGGCGAAGAAAAAAGAAGAGGAGGAGAAAAAAAAGAAAGAGGAAUUCAAGUUACCGCCGUGCAAUUACGAAAAUUUACGGCGCGAAAAGUUCUUUAAACUCGGCAAGAAAAUGAACAAAGAACUGGAUACGCUGCGCAAAAAGCACCUCAAGGAGCGUCAAACGAUGCAGAAAAACCACUGCACGGCCAUAGAAAAACUGACCAAGGGAAAAGACAAGAGCGCAUUGGUCGGCGACGCGAGCGUAAAAAGUCUCAUCAAGGAGCAGAUGACCCAGUGGACCCAGAUGGUGGAGAAGCAUCGCAAGGAGGAGUGGGAGCUGCAAAAGGUACAGCUGGAAGCGUCCAAGGAAGAGAUCAAAGCUUGCAUGCCCCAAGUCAUGGAAAAUCAAUUCAAGCUGCUCGAGGCCAAGCACGCCAAGGAUAUGAAAGAAUUGAACGCGAACCAAGCCAAAGUGUCGGCCGACACCGCCAAGGAGGUAAUGAACGACAAAGCGCUCAAGACCAAGGGUGAUAAAGAUCGUCGACUGAAGGAGAAAAAAGCCAACAACAUUAAAAAAUUUAUGGACGAGCGCAAGAACAUCGCGAUCAAGCACGCCCGCGAGAAGGAGAAGCUCAAAGCCACGCACGAGAAGCAGACCAAGGAAAUCGAUCAGGAUUUCGUUGGGUGCAUCGAGCAAUGGAAGAACGAGGCGGCGCACUUGGAAAUCUCGGCCAAGAGCGAGUUUUACGUAUGAGCGAGAUGCAAGAAUCGAUCCACGAAAAUUAUCGAGAUGAAGGGAGAAUCAGGGUGUCUUUCAAAAGUGCCUCGUACAAAACUACAGCAGCACUCGGUGACUCUCGAACGAGAUAUUUCAUUAUAAGCAAGGAUAUCGUAACUCUUUUUAAACCAGUUUUAGCCGUCUCAUCUUUUUGCUCCAUAUAAAAAAUAUCUAUACGUAAGAUGCACGCGAGAAUAUAAUGUAACAUAAUUGAGAGUAUAUUACCGGAAGCCGGGCCGCGAGAUAGGCUACCGUAUCAGCGUCGCGUACGCAGGUUUACUGUUGCACGCGGUAAACGAGUAGCCUUAAAUUUUCACGUUCGCUCGCGUAAAAGUAUCGUCCCCCAUUACGAUGGUGCCGGUACUAGUGGUGGGGGAGGACGAGACGCAGAGGCUGUUGCAUGCGACGUAUUGAAUUUAUAAUGUAACAGAGACGUUGUUUAUUAUGUAUAAUAUUGUUUUAUAAGAUCGGGUCGAUGCGGCGAUCGGCGUUAAAUUAAUUUUGUGCUCGGAAGAACGAUCGCCGUGACUCGAGACUACGAACUUGUACGUGUAAAGCAUUAAUAAAAAAAACCAUUCCAGAUA